AUGGCCACUGCUCCACCUCCUCUGACUGGACUCAAAGUCCUCGAGUUUGCCGGCCUAGCCCCAGGACCCUUCGCCGGCAUGCUCCUUGCCGAUGCCGGCGCCUCGGUCCUACGACUGGAUCGCCCUGGCAAGGCCCCUACCGAGGACAUGCUGGCACGCCGCAAGGCAUCCAUUGCCGUCGAUCUCAAGUCGGCCGGCGGCAUCGCUCUGGUCGCCAAGCUUGCAGGCCAUGCCGAUGUGCUCAUCGACCCUUUCCGCCCCGGCGUGCUCGAGCGCCUGGGUCUCGGCCCGGAAGUCCUGCGCGCCGCAAACCCGCGUCUCAUCUACUCCCGCAUCACCGGCUUCCGCCGCGACGGCAAGUACGCCGACAUGGCUGGUCACGACAUUAACUACCUGGCGGUCUCGGGCGCCUUGUCAAUGUUGGGCCGCAAGGGCGAGAAGCCCACGCCACCCUGGAACAUCCUCGCCGACUUUGCCGGUGGAGGGGCGACCCUGUUCCAAGGGAUCCUUCUCGCGCUCGCAGCGAGGGCUGCGAAUGGUGGCAAGGGCCAGGUGGUCGAGGCCAACAUGGUCGAUGGAACCGCGUACCUGGCAACGUUUCCGCGAAUGGCUCUCAAGACAAUCCUGGGCGGCGCUCCGAGGGGGGAGAAUAUGCUCGACACGGGCUGUCCGUUUUAUGACACGUACGAGACGGCUGACACGGGCAACUACAUGGCCGUCGGAGCCCUGGAGCCGCAAUUCUUCGCCGUGCUCAUGCGUGGGCUUGGUUUGCAGGGUCAAGGAUGGGAGGAGAAGCGAUACGACAGGGAUGUCUGGCCUGAGCUGAGGGCUCUGUUCGAGAAGACGUUCAAGUCCCGGACUAGGGCUGAGUGGGAGGCCGUCUUUGACGGGACAGAUGCGUGCUGCACUCCCGUGCUAACCUUUCCAGAGCUGGAGGAUGGGAGGACGAGCCGCUCACGGCCUAGGGAGGGUGACCAGCGACCACCUGUAGGUCUGCGAGACACACCCCUGCUGGCUGUACAUCAAACCGUGCAGAAUCCAGCCGUGCAGGGACAGGGCGCUGGUGUUCCUGGCGAUGGUUAUGAGGCAGUUUACCUGCGGCCCGGACAAGGCGGCGAGGAACUGCUGGGGCAGUGGCUUGGCUGGGUCAAGGGGAGGGAAUAUGAGGCUGUCGGUGGGGGGCUCGUCCUUAACGACAAGUCAAAACUCUAG